AUGGCGGAUUACCACGCCAUGGGCUUAGACCUGUCAAAAGAAGAGGCCUUCGCAAUGGUUCGAUACCCUUACUCCCCCGCACAUAUGCUCCGGCAAGAGCAGAGGCGUCAAUUUAAAGAGAUCCGCUUGGAGAAGCAGCAGCUCUACUGGGAAUCUGCUGGCCCGCUCCGUCCCCAAACGAUUCCGUUUCUCGAGCUGCCUAGGGAGCUGCGAGACGAGAUCUACCGAGCCGUCAUUCCUGAGCGCUUAGCUUUGAACAAGCCAUGCGUAGUCCCGUAUAUAAUUGUACAAGACGACAGAGCUUCCAGCGGCGAACCGACCGACAAGUCCGAAAGGGAGUAUUGGCAGAGGCGUGCAAGGGGUCUCGCGGAGUUGAGGGACCGUCUCCCAAUACUGUUCACCAAUCAUCAAGUUUCUAUGGAAGCCCUAGAGCUAGUCUAUAACGAAAGAUCCUUUCAUUUCUUAGACAACGCUCUUCAUCCGCGCGAGAUGCUUGAGAUACUCCCGACGUUACCUCCGACUUCGCUCAUAAGGAUACGACAUCUGCAGUUCGACGUCUGGAUGUUCAUGUAUACGAUCCUCGCCGAAGACGAUAGAUUGCAGCAACAGGGGUGGAAUGACCUAUUCGAGUUCAUCGUCAAUCGCAUGCAUGUUGACUCUAUCACUGUGGAACUACCGUUCGAUGUCUCUUUCUUCGACCCUCAGCUCCAUAGGCAACCGUAUAAACACAGCAACGAUAAGACUCCACAGACUAGGCUCUGGGACUUGCAGAGCCGAGCGUAUUUCUGGCCUGCCGUUCGCCAGCUAGUCACUCUGCUCAUGUCGGGGAAGCUUCGAACGCUACGCCUGAUUCAUCCGGUACCCAUCGCUGUGGAGGAUGUUGAGAAUCUGGACAGCAUUAGGAUGCUCAGAAUCCCGCGGAUUCCAGAAAUGGACGAAGCCUUGGAGCUUGAUGCAGAGAUCGAAGUUAUAGCGGUGGCCAAGCGCGAGCAGAUUCACGCUGGCGGACAUAUUUGGAAAGAUAUGAUCUUCGCAUUACCAACUGAGAGACCGCUUCAUGAUUUUUCGAUUCGCUGUGAAGAGGCCCAGGGAAUCUAUGGCACUACUACCCUUGAGUUGUCUCGACGGCAAAAGGAUUGA